AUGGCAGAAGCUGAGCGUAAUAAGAAAAUUCAACUAAACAGGCUCAAGGCCAAGCAAGCGUUGAAAGAACGCGACAGAUCGACCAACAAGUCACGCGAGCUGAAUGGCAACAACAAGCGCAAUUUGAAGCAGGUUGAAGGGCAUGACGAUAGUGUGGCAAGCAAGUCGAGGCGAAAUGCAGCCACCGAAGACUCAAACGACUCCACCUCUCCACUACGCAGAGACCCACGACUUGGCCAAUACUACGAGUACGAUCUAUCCAAGAUGCGUAACUCCAAAGGUGGUUUCCUCAUCGAAGACGAUCACGGUUUGGGCGAGAAGACGGAGAAUGAAAUGCGUAAAGAGAAGCAGCGUGAACUUGAACGCACUCUAGCUGCAUCCUAUGAGCCUGGCUUGAAAAUAGACCUGAACGCGAACCCUAAAUGCAAAUUAUGCGACAGUAUCGAGAUUGAUCGACAAAUUUUCACCUCAUUUGGCAUCAGUGUUUGUCAUAAAUGCAAGCAAUCCCAUCCAGAUAAGUUCAGUUUACUAACAAAGACGGAGUGUAAGGAAGAUUACCUCCUCACCGAUUCUGAACUACGGGACGCGGAUGUCAUGCCUCAUCUCCUCAAACGCAAUCCACACCGCGCGUCGUGGAACAACAUGAUGCUCUUUCUACGUGAGCAGGUCGAAGAGUUCGCUUACGCCAAAUGGAAUGGUCCAAAAGGUCUUGAUGAGGAGUGGGAGAGACGCGAACAACUCAAACACAACAAAAAAGGAAAGAAGUUUCAGGAUUCUCUCAACGAUCUCAGGCGAAGGACAAAGAACAACGUCUGGCAGCAGCGACAAGAUGCUCAGCAUGUGCAUGACUGGUCCACCCAAACUGAUAAGCAGGUUUGUUCUGUGUGUGGUCUGCAAGUUGAUACAGAGAGUUUCUAA